AUGUCAUCGCCUAAGAUUCAGCUCCAACAAGGGACAGUCGUAGGGACUGUCUUACACGAAAAGUACCCUCACGCAGUUGAGGCAUUCAGAGGAAUUCCAUAUGCCUUACCACCGACCGGUGACCGUCGGUUCAGGCCUCCAGAAAAAGUAGGAAAGGGUGAAGGGAUUAUAGAUGCAACAAAAUUUGGGCCCAGAGCUCCUGCACAGCAGUUCGUCAAAGUAGGACCGACGUUGGACGAAAGCGAAGAUUGUCUGACUGCGAACGUGUUCCGUCAAGCGGGAACAGAGCAAUCUACAGGGCUUCCGGUUGCGGUUUACUUGCAUGGAGGGGCUUUCAAUCGCGGAAAUGCUGCUAUGCAUGAUACUGCGUCAAUGGUUGGGUGGUCCGAGAAGCCUUUCGUUGCAGUCUCGUUUGGAUACCGGGUUGGGGCCUUGGGUUUCCUGCCAUCGAAACUCAGUGCUAAAGAGGGUGCGCUUAAUUUGGGCUUGAAAGAUCAGAUAUGCCUGUUUGACUGGGUUGAGGAGAACAUUGGGUCCUUUGGGGGAGACAAGAACUGUGUCACUCUCAUAGGUCUCUCAGCUGGUGCACAUUCGAUUGGCCACCAUCUACUCAACUACGAAGAGGGCAAAGCACCGAAAUUUCAUCGAGUCAUUAUCGAAUCUGGUGCUCCAACAUCCCGCGCCGUCCGCAACCCAGAUGCGGAAAUCCAUGAGAUGCAGUUCCAAGAUUUCCUGAAAGAAGUCGAAUGUCCACCAUCACUCCUCGAGUCCGAGAUCUUCACCUACCUUCGCAAACUUCCCACCUCAACCAUCGCCAAAGCCCAAACUAAUGUUUUCCAAAAAUACAACCCCAGCUUACGUUGGGCCUUUCAACCCGUAAUCGACCACGAGAUCAUCCGCUGCCGCCCCAUCGACGCCUGGCGCACCGGCCAAUGGCACAAACUCCCCAUAAUGACGGGCUUCCAAGGCAACGAAGGUUCCCUAUACGUCAACAAAUCCAUGUCCUCCCCGUCCGAAUUCCUUGACUUUUGGAAAACACUGCUCCCACAGCUAAGCAGCGAGGAUAUAGAAACAAUCAACAAGCUCUACCCAGACCCGACCUCGGACCCGACCUCCAUCUACAAGGAAACACGGCUGGAUCUGGGCGUCGGACAAAUGUACAAGCGUAUAGAGGCUGCAUACGCUCAGUACGCAUACGUAGCGCCCGUCCGACAAACCGCCUUCUUCGCCAGCCCAGACGUACCCGUGUACCUCUACCACUGGGCCAUGCGCCGCGACGUCAUCGACGGCGCCCGCCACGCCGACAACAUGUUCUACGAAGUACGGGACCCGGCUGUUUGCUCGGCGCUGCAAUCGCAAGAUGAGUUAUCUGGCAUCCUGCAUGCGUAUGUCACGAGUUUUAUCUGUACGGGGAGUCCGAAUGCGAUUGAGGGCCGGUAUGGAGGGAGGCCGGAGUGGGAGAAGUAUCAGAGGGAGGAGGGAAAGGUUAUGAUGUUUGGCAAGGGGAAUACAGAGUUGAUUGGAGGGGGCGACGUGGGGGCUUUGGCGGAGAUGGUGAGGGAUGAGUAUGCGGUGCGCGAGAGUGAUUUUUGGUGGGCGAAGGUUGAGCUUUCGCAGCAGUGA